AUGGAGCAGAUGCGGUGUGCUCGCCCAAAUGGACAUCCCCACACUUACUUGGAGACAUUGCCCAAGAGCGGGAAGGAAUGUCCUGGAGAGAUCAUCUGCCAAUACUUGACUGCAAAAAAGUUCUCACCGGAAUGUCUCCUAGACUGUCUUGAUCUCUCAUUGGAACACCAUACUCUUGAAAUCGCUAACAGGAUUGAGGCUGUUGUGCACGUUUGGAGGCAGAAUAAUGGGAGGAGCCACAAGAAGAAGCAGCCCAAACUAAAGCUUUCUUCAUGGGGCGGCAAGGUGAAAGGGGAUAGAAAUGAAUUCUUUGUGCAGAGAGCUGAGACCCUCUUGCAGAGUCUGAGGAUCCAUUUCCCGUUUGAACAUUCUGCUAUUAUUUUUCAAAAAUAA